CUUGGCUACUUGAGAUUACAGUACACGACAGGAACAAAACGGGCAUCAUGAAAUUCGUACUAGUACUGUGCCUGAUGGCUGCCGCAGUCUUGGCUGAUGAUGAAAAGUACACCAGCAAGUACGACAACAUCGAUCUGGAUGAGAUCCUCACCAACAAGAGGCUCCUUACUGCUUACGUGAACUGCAUCAUGGAGAGAGGAAAGUGCAGCCCCGAGGGCAAGGAAUUGAAAGAACAUCUGGUUGAUGCCAUUGAGACUGGCUGCACGAAAUGUACCGAAAAUCAAGAAAAGGGAGCAUACAAGGUCAUUGAACAUUUGAUCAAGAACGAGCUGGACAUCUGGCGUGAGCUGACUGGCAAGUACGACCCCAGCGGCAAGUGGAGGAAGACUUACGAAGACCGCGCAAAGGCCAACGGCAUCAUAAUCCCAGAAUAAACUAAACCUUAUCAAGAAUAACUUACGGGUGAUUUUUAAACAGAUCCAGUUCAAGCAUUCCUCAAACCCCGCAUUGUCUUCCCGUGUUAUUUCUUUAUAGACUUUGGGAGAUCCAUAACUAAAAGGAAAUGAGAAAUGCUUAUACGCAAUCUGUUUGGAUCACUUCCAAAUGCUCAAUUUUUUACUCAGAACUUUUUUACUGUUUCUCAAUUUUUUGUUCCAUUUACCAUUGC